UUGCUGUUCAUGGAUCCAACAGCGUCAUUUAUUGUUGAACGUUUAAGUCCUGAUUAAUUAAAAGUAUUUGUUGCUGUUUACGUAAAAUAAAAAUUAAAAUCGCUUAAGUACCCGAUGAAUAUUUGGAAGUGACCCAGCAGCCCCAUCAAAUCAACAACAGGCACGCCCUAGCAGCAGAUCAUUAAACAGGACGUGAAAAUGCAACAAGAGAAAACAGCAAGCGGCGACCUCAGCAGUGAGGUCCAUGCAGAGCUUCGUUAUGCUGUAAUUUUGGCCGAACAAUCUUUCACCAUAUCAUACGAGAGCAGGAGAUUCGUUGAUAUGCCCGAUUCUGAUUGGCCCCAGAAGGUCAGGAAGAACUUCGUCAACAGUUUGCCACCACUGGGCCGGGAACCAGGGACGAAAAACCACCAGAGCUUUUUUCACCGUAAGAUGGUAACAGCAUGCUGGGAACAAGAUCUUCGAGGAGCAGGAUCAAAUUUCCAAUCAACAACGGGUUAUCGCUUAUCAAUAGAGCGGUCAUCAUUAAUUGAAUAUCACCACUCAGAUAAUCUAUUGGUAAGCGCGAUCGAUAAACCCACUUCACCACUGUUCUAGCUACGACCAAUUGUCUAUGUUAGUUCUGUUAAGUUCAGUGAUUCCAGUGACCCCAUAUAGUGUUUAUUUAAAAUGAUUUAUAUUCUAAAAUAUACAAUUCAC